UGAGUCUGGUCUUGUUUUCUUUUUUGUUUCUGUUCCGUUUUUGUUUCUGUUUUUGUGUGUUUGUUUCCCGGCUUCUAUUAUGUGCGGACAAGCAAUUGGCUGAGGCCCAGCGGCAAAACACAAGAUAGAGAAUACGCCCUAGUAAGCACGAUUUCGAACGGCUGAAAAUAUGCACACAAAAAACGCAGCGGUACUGGUUUUCGCACGCUGGCUGGGAUUCCGGCAAUGGCGGGGUGUAGGUUGUGGUAGCCUUGCUCAUUGAGAGUUUAUUGGUGAGGCUGGCGGGUCGUGCGAUUCCAGCGGGGCGGCGUGGGGAAACCCGUACACCAUGGCUAAGUUAGGAAGGACAGGGAGCGAGACAUGGGACGGAGGCUCGGGAAGGCCCAGAAACAGAAGAGAAGAGGAACAAGUAGAGAAACAUGAAGAGGAACAAGAAGAGAAACAUGAAGAAAAACAUGAAGAAAAUCACAAAAACCCAAAAAAAAAAAAGAAUCAAAAGAAAGGUCAGAGAAAAGCAAUCUCAGAUAGUAUUAGUCUCUUGAGACACCAACGUCUGCGGCCUGGAAAUGGACCCCGAGCGAGCCACAGGCUGGGCGCCAUCUGCAGGACCGGAAAUGUGCGAGACCAGGUUUAAAGGCCCAAAGCCAGAAAAUGAAUCGCCGCU